CUCUGGUCAUUCCCUGCACUGUCUGCACAGUCUCUGGUCAUUCCCUGCACUGUCUGCAGUCUCUGGUCAUCCCCUGCACUGUCAGCAGUCUCUGGUCAUCCCCUGCACUGUCAGCAGUCUCUGGUCAUCCCCUGCACUGUCUGCAGUCUCUGGUCAUUCCCUGCACUGUCAGCAGUCUCUGGUCAUUCCCUGCACUGUCUGCAGUCUCUGGUCAUUCCCUGCACUGUCUGCAGUCUCUGGUCAUUCCCUGCACUGUCUGCAGUCUCUGGUCGUCUCCUGCGCUGUGUCCGCAGUCUCUGGUCAUCUCCUGCACUGUGCCCGCAG